GAAGAAAUGUCAGGUGCCAUCUUGGAAGCUCCUUUCCAUAAGUUUCGAUCACCUCCACCAAAACCACCACGUCGCCGUCAUUCUGAUCAACUCUCACUAUCACUUUCUGGUACUUUCCCCUCUACAAAAAAGAAUUUCAUAGAUGAGAAUCAGACAUGUAGAAAGGAUGUCUCGCCUAAGAUGUGCGAUAAAUCAGACUGUGGAUCAUUACCUGCUAACUGGAGUGCUGGUUGUGAACAAUGUGCCUCUGAAAUUCCAUUAACAAAGAAUUCUUUAAUUUAUCCGUCUCUGUUAAAAAAUGUUUUUGAGGAUUCUUCUUUAACAGACAAAUCUUUCAUCAGACAUAAUGCUAGUCUUGGCAAAAGUGCCGAAGAAGAUUAUUGUGAAAAUAAAAUAUUGAUUCCCAAAGAAGAAUUGCAGCAUAUAAAAGGAGUAAUGCAGAGAGAUAGAAUUUCUUCAGAGUUAAAGAAUAUAUCAUCAGAUUGCCUUGAUAGCAGUAUAUGCAAUAAUAAUGAAUUAAUAGUACAAAACAGAAAUAAUUCCAGUUUUUUAAAAUCAUUUCCAAGAGACUAUCAUAGGCGCCAUCACAGUGACCCUGUUCUCCCAUAUACUGAAAGGUCUUCAAAGAGCUCAAUAAAAUCUACACCACAAAGUUUUUCUUUCCAUGGCUGUUCAACAGCAGAGAGUCAGGAGAAGCUUUGCAAGUGUCGAAGUGUAUGUUGUACCUGCAGGGAGAUACAUAAUUUAUAUAAAGAAGUGAGAAUUUUGAAAGAAAUUAAUGACAAGUUGUGGCAGCAUCUUUGUUCUGUGCAAGCCAGUUCUGAUAGCUGUAAAAAAACGUCAGCUGAAGAAAUCAAUAUAUCAGUUUCAGAGCUAUUAUCAAGCUUGUAUUAUUCUAUAAGAGCUAGGGAAAGUAUUAUGGAGGAAAGGCUGAAAAUAGCAUAUGAAGAAAGAGAUGCAACUGCUCUUGAAAUGGAAGAUCUAUUUCAAGUUUUUGCUAGCAGAAGUUUAGAAGAUAAUGAGCUAGUAAAUGAAGAGGGGACGCAUUCAUACCAGGAGGUGAAAGAAUUACUUUGUAAGAUGGAGCACACUGAAAACACAUCAAAGCUCUUGCAGCAGCAGAGAGCUCUUUCAACUCGGAUUUAUCAUUCCAGGGACUUUAAACAAGAUUGUCUUUCUCAGGAAUUAAAGUUUAUUGUUUCUGAGAGGAAUAGUUUAAUAGAAAAGGUGAAACAAUUAGAAGAUGAACUGAAAUGUUUAAACCUUAGCAACAGUAUUUGGCAUUCAGAUAAUAAAUAUUGGGAAAGGAAUUUACUUGUAUCAUGAGUUCUUAACAUAUGAAGUUGUACUGUUCUAAUGGAGAAAUGCAAAUUUUAUUAUCCUGAGUCAUAGAAACAGCAGUUUUUUCUGUUACUUAGCAUUGUAAUCUUUCUCUUAUUUGUUAUUUACAGAUUUAAAAAUGAAUAUGUAAGAUUGUGUCAUAGUACUUUUUUUUAAAAGCAAAAAUGAUCUCAUCUCCACUACUUCAGUGUAAAUACUAGCCAGAUUCUUUUAGAAAGGUUUCUAUUAAAGAUAUUCAAAAAUGCC